AUGAAGCUAAUAACACUCGUUUGCGUCAGUUUAACGUGUUGCACGGUGGUGUUUGCGCAAAGCGCACCUCGCCGAGAUGCGGAAUAUCCACCACCAGAGCUGUUGGAGGCAAUGAAACCAUUGCACGAUAUUUGCAUUGGCAAAACAGGUGUCACAGAGGAAGCGAUCAAGAAGUUCAGCGACGAAGAGAUCCACGAGGACGAGAAGCUCAAAUGCUACAUGAACUGUCUGUUCCACGAGGCCAAGGUGGUCGACGACAACGGUGACGUGCAUCUGGAAAAGCUGCACGAUGCGCUCCCGAACUCGAUGCACGACAUUGCAUUGCACAUGGGCAAACGGUGUCUCUAUCCCGAGGGUGAAAAUUUAUGCGACAAGGCGUUCUGGCUGCACAAGUGCUGGAAGCAAUCAGAUCCUAAGCACUAUUUCCUAGUUUAA